AUGUACCCACCAAUGGGGAUAUCCGACGUCGGUAUUCUUGAGCUUCUCGAUUCUGACCCCCGGCCGACGUUCGCUGUGGUGACCACGCAAACGUCGCUUCCGAUAUACGCGAACCCCGCCCUCCGUCAAAAUGCUGUCCUCCACGAUCGAAUCGUCAAGUUGUUUCAGUCCCGCCACGGCCCUUUCUGGGACUGGGUUACCGCCGCUCUACUUCCAGAUACUGGCACCGGUCGUACGUUUCCCUUCGAGAACAUCUGCUGGACCAGGUCGAUAGUCCGCGAUAGAUGGGCUGUGAUCGGCAGCAACGAUCAAUUGCAGCCGAACGACGAUGCGCGUAGUAACGACAAGAGCCUCCCACAGAAUGCCACCGGUUCUGCUGUUUCGAAAGCCGUCGACGAUAGUUGGAUACCUCCUGAUUUCUUGCCGGAACAGGAAUCCUUCGUCCAUGUAAUUAACACGCUUGACUGGGCUAGAACGCCUCUUGGUCCGCUCCCGCGUUGGCCUGGUAUCCUGCAACAGACCUUCAAUCAAGUCCUUGCCGACUCGAGACCUAUAGUAGUCUACUGGGGCGAGAGUUUAACUACACUAUACAACGAAGCUUUUAGCAGACUAUGUGGAUCGAAACAUCCCGCUUCGUUGGGCAAGUCGGUGGAAGAUGCUUGGCCUGACUUCUGCGAGAAGAUUAAGUUAGCGAUGUCUACGUCCGCCUCGAAACACCGUGCCGGUUCCGCUGACGAGGACGAAUGGCGGUUCUUUGUACAGAAGCCUGACGGCAGUUCUGAAGAAAAGUAUCUCAAGUGGUCUAUUAUCCCAGUCGCCGAGAAGAACAAAUGUCUUGGGUUUAUCCAGCCGAUUCAAGAUAAUACUUCCAUGCGACUGUGGGAGAGACGUACCAAGAUGCUAAUUGAUCUGGGCGACAAGCUAGUUACGGCGCGCAAUGUGAGAUCCUACUGGGCCAAGCUUAUACAAGAGCUCGAGGCGUGCCAUCCCACCUAUGAUAUUCCUCUUGCUAUUCUCUACUCCGUUGAAGAAGACUUCCAGCUGUCUGCCGGAAAGUUUUGUCGAUUAGAAGGCUGCCUAGGUGUUCCGAAUGGCCACCCCAUAGCCCCGUCAAAGCUGUUGUUGGAUGAGAGAAGCCAGGGCUUAUCCGCGUCCUUCAGAGAAACUCUCGAGUCUCAGAACCCAAUAUUGCUCCAGAUCAGAGAUAGAUCGCUGCCCGAAUAUUUACUGGAAGGCCUGGAAUGGCGUGGCUUCGAAGACCCUUGCCGAGAAGCCGUCAUCUGUCCUAUUCGACCAACCAAAGAGGAGAAUGUAUUAGGUCUACUUUUGCUUGGACUGAAUCCCCGUCGGCCCUACGAUAAUGACUACCGGCAGUACAUCUCCUUGCUUGGGCAAAAGCUGACUACAACCCUAGCAUCGGCUGUGCUUCUAGAGGAGGAAGCACGAAGGCGUCGCAAUAUUGCCGAGCAAGCCGCAUACGACCAGGCUAGAUUGAAAGAAAAGCUGACGAUGCAGACGAAGGAAGCUACAGAAUCCGUCCAAAAGUUCCAACAGAUUGCCGAGUUUCUUCCGGUUGGGAUGUGUUUUGGUAAUUACCGCGGUAACAUUGUGUUUGCCAACGAUGCCUGGCAUCGGAUCACAGGUGCUCCCCAAGUGAAUCCACUCACGCCGGAAGGCUUCCUGUCUUGUGUCAUCGAAGAAGACAAGCCAAACGUGCAACGGGCAUACGAAGAGCUCCAUAGAACGCUUACCGUUACCAUUGAGUUUCGAGUUCCCCGGCCGGCAGAUGAUAACUAUCCUCUUCAGUUCCCCAUCGGAAGUUCUCCUAGUUUCGAGAAAGCUGGGUUGGACCUGGAUGAUGACGGAGGUGUCCGGCAUGUCCUAGGCUCUUUAAAAGCUGAAAGGGGUCCCGACGGAAACAUCAAUCAGGUUCUGGCAUGCUUGACGGACGUGACUCUGCACAAAAAGGCCGCCGAGGAAGCGAUUCGAAAAGCACAGCAAGCGGAGAAUCUCAAACGGAUGGCUGAGCUCGCAACCGUAGGCAUGUAUGAUAUGGCACUUGAUGGUCGUUUGCUUGGAGCCAACAACGUCUUCUACGAGAUGUGUGGUAUAGACAGAGUCGAUCUUUCUCAGGUAUCGGUCAAGCCAUUCGAGCUUUGCGUUGUCGAUGAGGACUUCCCGUUUCUUCAGAACACGCUGGCGACUCUCGUCAGAGAAGGCAAGUCCCAGACCGCGGAGCUUCGGCUGAAAACUCAAUGGACCGAGACGGACACCGAUGGAGAUCAGAUUGUUGCUCCUCGCUGGGUUCUUGCAACGUUCAUGCCAGUAAGCAAUUCUGAAGGUGCCAUCCAGACCUUUACGGGCUGCCUGAGUGAUGUCUCGCUACAGAAAUGGCAGUUCGAGAAGGAGCGGCAGCGGAAAGAUGAGGCUAUUGAAUCCAAGCGUCAACAGGAGAAUUUCAUUGACAUGACCUCACACGAGAUGCGGAACCCUCUAAGCGCAAUCGUCCAAUGCGCUGAUGCCGUUAUCGGCUGUCUUACCAAAGCUCAGGAAUUAGUUGAUACGCAAUUUUCUAAGUGCGGUAACAACGGCAUCCCCAAUCCUCCCUCAAUCACCAACGCUCUAGGAGGCGUCUGUCAGGAGAGUACCCAACUAUUGAAAGAUAGCAUAGACAAUGCAGAGACGAUAAUUGCAUGUGCUCAGCAUCAGAAACGUAUUGUUGAUGAUAUCUUAACAAUGUCAAAGUUGGAUUCGAACCUUCUAUCUAUUACGCCGAUCACGGUGAACCCUAUUAACAUCGCGCGCGAGGCGUUCAAAAUGUUUGAAGUGGAGGCUCGUCGAGUUGAUAUUGACUUGACCAUGGUUGUUGAUCGGUCUUAUAGCGAAUUGAAUAUCGAGUUCCUCGAUUUAGACCCUUCGCGAUUGAAACAAGUCCUCAUCAACCUCUUAACCAACGCUUUGAAAUUCACAAAGAAUGGCCCGACGAGAAAUGUAUCGAUUACAAUGAGCGCCUCCAAGACUCGUCCGGAAGAUCGCAUAUCUUCCGUCCAGUUCAUUCCGCGAGCCACAGACCUGGUAUGGCAAGCGGACGGGCCGUCUUCGCCAGUGCCUGAGGAGAAUAGGAUCUACCUCAUGUUCGAAGUCAAAGACACGGGGCAAGGCCUAACGGAAGAAGAGAAGUCGUCCUUGUUCCAGCGCUUCGUCCAAGCCAAUUCAAAGACCCACGUGAAAUAUGGGGGCUCGGGGCUUGGGCUGUUCAUUAGCCGUAGACUGACAGAGAUGCAAAACGGGGCCAUCGGCGUGGCAUCCAGCCCUGGCCAGGGCUCGACGUUUGCCUUUUACAUUGAGGCGCAGGUGCCAAGCGAGGACGCAUUCCAGGACGCUCGAGCGGCCGCAGAGGCCGUCGGUCACAUCCUCAGAACCCCAAGUAGCACCGCAGUUAGGCCCAACAAGGGACCUUUCACUAUGGCGAAGCCAACUAAGAAGCUGCUCGGGCCGCAGAUUGAAGGUGUACUCCUAGUCGAAGAUAAUCUUAUAAAUCAGCAGAUUACACGCCGUGACUUACUAACCAGCGGUUGCGCCGUCGAAGUGGCCAACCAUGGAGUUGAGGCGCUGGAGAAGCUGCGGCAGACGAAUCGCGGCGAUGGACAGUUCCCCCUUAGCCUAAUCCUCAUGGAUAUUGAGAUGCCUGUACAGGAUGGCCUCACUUGCACACGUAAAAUUAGAGAAUUGGAACGGACAGGUCAUUUCAAGGGCCCACGGAUCCCGAUUAUCGCUGUCAGCGCUAACGCACGCGUGGAGCAGAUUCUUGAGGCAAAGGCCGCGGGAUGUGACGACGUAUUGGUUAAACCGUUCAGGAUUCUCGAAUUGAUUGAGAAAAUGAUGGUUGUCACCAGACAUCUCGAGAAAGCCGGAUGAGAGGGAGCUUUAUCGAUCUCGACCGCUUGCCGAGACCAGCUAGAUUACCCUCGUCGCCGUCGGAGGACUGUUUAGCAUGUAUAUUGCUGGCGGUGAACACGGCCGCGACUUAGUGCCUGGAAAGUCUACAAGGUUUGCAUUUCUAGCCUCCUUUAUUCUAGGCGGAUACUCUUUUGUUUGCAUUGGUCAUUAUAUGGGUAGCGAUAGCAUGAUACCACAGGAGCAAGAGCGACUUUGAAAGACAGGCAUGGAUUUGGCGUUCUGUGUAAUAUCCUGGAAUUGUUGUUAACAAGCAAACCAAAUUCGCAGCCGCUGACUACUAUGUAUCAUAGAAAGCAGCUGCUUAUAAUACCCCGUCGCUCAGCUCACACUGAGAAACUA